GGAAUCGGGAAGCCAUUUCAAGAGCGACGGUCUUGCAGAACGUUGCGAUUGUGUUUUUAUUAUUGACUAUAAUAUUCAAACCAACAAUGUUGCAGCUUUUUAAACGCCUACUAUCUCCAAAGAAAUCGUAUUCAUGUUCUGAGGAAUUGGAAGAAAAAGAAACGAACGCUUUAGAACUAAAGUCAGCUAGGUUUCAACAUUGCGGCGAUCACCAAAGCUCUGUUAUCUUUGCACAAGACGUAAAAAAAAGAAGCGAAGAGACGGUUGCAAUCAAUCCUUUCGAGUCUUUGAACAUUCUUUCACAAGGGAAGCUUAAAAUGAAAGAGUUUACAGAUGAACAACAAGAGAGAAAAUCCGACUCGAAGGCACAAGAAUCCGUCCUUCAGACACGAAAACCAGGCCAUCAGAGUAUGACAUGGAACGACGCCUUUGAAGAUGACUACUCCAGCAAGAAGCUCCCAGAAGAGCACUUCCAACCAGAAAUCUUGAAUAACCCAGAAAGCUCUCUUGAUGGAAAGAACAAGCUCAACACCAUGCGUACGGUGUGUAAUAUGUGCAUAAGUCAAUGUCAUGCAGAAGAUGGAUGUGAUAGCAAGAGUGAAAAUAAACAGUCAAAAGGUGAUACAAAGUGUGUCAAAUCAUCGGACUGCAGUAAAAGAAAUGAAAGUACCAGUGGAAGACCUACCAUUUGUCCUCAAAACAGUAGUGGCUCAUCCUCUGGUGAUGGGGAUAAAGAUGAAGAUGAAAGUGAUGAAGACAGGAGAAGGAGGAGAAAGGAGGAGAAAAAUGAUGGUUUAACGGCAAAGGACUUUGAGGAAGAUAUCAAUGAAGAAGAAACUAGACGAAACCAGGAUCAAUGGAAAAUGAUGGCUGCAGAAGCUGAAAAACAAGGGGCAUUAUCUAUAAUGCAAGACCUAUCAUCCAAGGAUCAGUUGACACUAGCAGAAGAUCAGGAAAUGCAAACUAAGGAUCAUAGGGCACCAGCUAAGGAUCAAGAGGUGUCAGCCACGGAUGUGGAGGCACCAGUCAAGGAUCAAGAGGUGUCAGCCAUGGAUGUGGAGGCACCAGUCAGGGAUCAAGAGGUGUCAGCCAAGAAUCAGGAGGCACCAGUCAAGGAUCAAGAGGUGUCAGCCAAGGAUUUGGAGGCACCAGUCAAGGAUCAAGAGGUGUCAGCCAAGGAUCUGGAGGCACCAGGCAAGGAUCAACAGGCACCAGCCAAAAAUCAUGAGACACCAACUAAAGAUCUGGAGGAACCAGCCAAGAAUCAAGAGGUGUCAGCCAAGGAUCUGGAGGCACCAGGCAAGGAUCUGGAGGCACCAGUCAAGGAUCAGGAGACACUAGCCAAGGAUCAAGAGGUGACAGCCAAGAAUCAGGAGGCAUCACCCAAGGAUCAGGAGGCAGCAGCCAAAGAUAAAGAGGUGUCAGCCAAGAGUCAGGAGGCACCAGUGAAGAAUGGAAAGGCAGAAGCUAAGGACCAGGGAGUGCUAGCUAAGAAAAUUGAAAAAGGAUCAUACAACCUUGUUGCAGCAUUCAGGUGUCAUGGAGAAACAUCUGGUUUAAUUGACAAAUGCAAGAAAUGUGUAUGCUACAGUUCUCAUCGCCUUUUGGACCAUAGCAGAAAAUGCCGACUCAGAGUAUUCGGUGGCUGCAAGAAAUGCAAAGAUAUAAGAGAUAUAUAUUUGCACCACACAAGUCAUUGUAACAGUGACAAGUGUGUGGUUACUCAAUGCUGGUCAAUAAAAGAGUAUCUAAGAGAGAACAAUGGGCAAUGUCCUGAAAGGUGGAGUUACAAAGCAGACUGCAUCUUUUUUGGAGAAAGGGUUAUAGAUAGCAAGUCUUGUGAUAUCCCUCAGGGCAAUGAGACUCAAGAGCCAGUGACAACAGAAGAAAUUGAGGAACUCCUCCUCUCCUUGCAGACCCCUUCAAGCAGUAUUAACAGUACUGACCAGAACCAGUAUUCAUUGCCAGGAAGUUACUUCAGAACAAGGCAACCUGGAACAUGUCAGAGUACUUACGAGUAUCGUCCAAGAAGACCUCCAGAUAAAGAUAAGGAACAAAGUGUCAUAUAUAGGGCGCAAGGCAAAGCUCCUGUUAGUUCAACAUCGUUUAGUAUUGCAGCAAAUGAAGAGGAAAAUGAGACAGAAACCUCCCAGUGGCCUUCAGCUGGUAUACAUUCCAGAGGAGUUUCUAUUCGUAUAGAAAAUGAGACAGCUGAAAUUUGUGAGCAAGAAGCAGUGACAGGUGUGAAUAUUGAGAAAAAUGAAAAAUCCCCGCUCAGACCUGACAAUGUCUGUUCACUGCAUCCUUUAGAUGAGGACAAACUAAAUGUAAAAAAUGGUCAAUAUGACGAAAACCAUGAAUGGAGAAUUGUCCAGGAAGAAAAUUUUCUUGGAAGGGGAGCUUUUGGAGUAGUUCGUCUCUGCAUAGAUUUGUCCAGCAGUAAUCUUUUUGCAGCCAAAAUUAUCCAAAAAGACAAGUUUGAUCGUACUGAACUUGACAUUUGGGCAAGUGUGUCCGGCCACAGUUUAAGAUGUUUAGAUUUAUUUGGAGCAGUAUGUGUAGAUAACAGAGUCAUUAUGUUCAUGGAAUACAUGGAAGGAGGUUCUGUGGAGAGAAUGCUGAGCUUUCUCAAUGAAAACAAGUUUAAUGAAUACUCAGCACUCUACAUCCUCAGAGAAGUACUAGAGGGCUUGGAUUUUUUGCACCGCAGGAGAAUUAUACACCGUGAUGUUAAAGGUGCUAACAUCUUGGUCAAUUACGCUCUGACAAAAGUAAAGCUAGCUGACUAUGGUGAGGCAGUGCAGUUACGCCACCAAGAAUUGUACAGACAAGAAAAUAUACCUCCAGGAACUGAGAAUUUUAUGGCCCCUGAGGUUUGUCGCAGUGAAAAUCACAGCUUUAGUUCAGAUAUAUGGAGUGCUGCUUGUUGUAUGUACCAGAUGCUUGAAGGACAGCCACCAUGGACAGAAUGUUCUUCAGUUAUUUAUAAGGUCGGAACUACAAAAGUACCACCCAUUUUUCCUCCAUGUAGUGAAGCAGCAACAGAUCUUAUUGGCCAGAUGUUCAGAUUGAUACCCCAAGACAGACCAACUGCCAAAGAGCUUUUGAGACAUUGUGCCUUUGAAAAAGUGAACGAUCCACCUGAAGUUCCAAGUUUAAAUACUGAUGAAGGUGAUGAUGAGGGGGGAAAUGAAGGCGAGGGUGAAAAAGAAUCGUCUUCUGAAGAGGAAUUUUUCAGCUUUGAUUCCACAGAAGAAGAAGGAUCGCUAGAUGAAGACAACGAACAGCUUGCUGAACAUGAUCCAUCCCUUGGCAUAACCGAUGAAACAGAACCAUGUGCACACAUAAGCAGUACACCUGCAUUGAGUGGACCUGGUCAACAUAUUGGGUUACUAAACCAAACAUCACCUUCAAACGAUAUCAAAGCACCUAACGGCCAGAGUACUGUAGCACGCAGAAGACAGGGAUUUUAUGUGAUCGUUCCAAACCUUCUUAGCAUGGUAUCCCUCGAUGGAGGGGAUGUCAGUGACUUCAUAGGAGUGGUUGGCAGCACUGCAGAAGAGGAACAGGAUGAUGUCUUUGAUGAUAUUCUCAUAAGCUCUUUAUCAG